AUGACGAGACCCACUUCCUGCAACAAAAGUGGACUUAAGAAAGGCACUUGGACUCCAGAAGAAGAUAGAAAGCUAAUAGCUUAUGUCACUCGAUAUGGCUCUUGGAACUGGCGUCAACUCCCAAGAUUUGCAGGUCUAGCAAGGUGUGGAAAGAGCUGCAGACUUAGGUGGCUGAAUUAUCUCAUGCCUAACAUAAAAAGAGGAAACUAUUCUGAAAAAGAAGAAGAAACUAUAAUCACACUGCACCAAAAACUGGGUAACAAAUGGUCUGCUAUUGCCACUCAUUUACCCGGAAGAACAGACAAUGAAAUAAAGAACCACUGGCACAGCAAUCUCAAAAAGCGUUUUGGAAAUAAUACAGUUCACACCAAUAAAAAUGUGAAAGUUGCAAAAUUAAAUAGGUCCAAGCAAGACAAGGACUCCAAUCAGAACAAUGAUGAUUUCUUUCACGACGGUUCUCCUUCUCCAACAAUUUCUGAAACCACAGACUCUGCCUCUGACCCUUUGUCCCCCCAAUUGUCCUCAGCCGAAUUCUCGGAUUAUCCCACUAAGAAAAAUUUAUUUCCAAAACAUGGGUUGAAUUUUCUAGAUACAUCAUGCUUAAAGGACUUCAUGAACGGAAAUAUUAUGACAGAGUCAUGUCACAUUUCCCAUGCCUCGAUGUCAAAUAAUGGUAACGAGAAUUUGAAUGUUACAAAUGCUGCAAAAACCAUGGAAUAUAUAUGGGCAGACUCUCCUCUUUGGUCGUAUAAUGAAAAUUUGGCUGUGAAGAACCAUGAUUUUGACUUUGUAGAAUCGAUACAAUCAAUAACUGAAGAUUUUUGGACAAAUGCGUACUUGACUGACAUGUCUGCAAUUCCAAACGAGUUACUUGUGCCUUUGGUGGACGAAUCCGAGGGAAACUUUUCUUCCAUAUACUAUGAAGAAGAUCUUUGGCGUUAG